ACAAUGCCCCGCGCCAGGCCCCGCCCCGGCUCGCCGUGGAGACCGACGCGCGAGGAGGCUACCGGGGCCGGCCGCGCGUUUAACACUGCCGGUGCGGCUGGUCCUCCCCCAUCCCGCGCGAGGCGGCCCGGCUGUUGCGGAGUGCGUGUUUCCGUCCCGCACUCACAGCUUGGGGUCGGACAGGCUGGGUCUGCCGCCGGGGCUCGAGGAUGGGGGAGUAGCUGCAGGAAGCGACUCCGCGACACCAAGGUGUACUUUUGUGGGAUGAAAAGGAGGUAUUAGAAAUGAGCUGAAGACCAUUUACAGAUUAACAUUUUUGGAGACAAUUUUGUGAUGCUUGAUUCACCCUUGAAGUAAUGUGGACAGAAAUUCUCAAAUUCACAUAUUAUAUCCACUGGAAUGAGCAGUGUAUCCUAAUGUUCACUUGAACCAGAACUUGUAUAAGAAAAAGAAUGGGAGUCUGGUUGAACAAAAAUGACUAUAUCAGAGACUUGAAAAGGAUCAUUCUCUGUUUUCUAAUAGUGUAUAUGGCCAUUUUAGUGGGCACAGAUCAGGAUUUUUACAGUUUACUUGGAGUAUCUAAAACUGCAAGCAGUAGAGAAAUAAGACAAGCUUUCAAGAAAUUGGCAUUGAAGUUACAUCCUGAUAAAAACCCGAAUAACCCAAAUGCACAUGGUGAUUUUUUAAAAAUAAAUAGAGCAUAUGAAGUACUCAAAGAUGAAGAUCUACGAAAAAAGUAUGACAAAUAUGGAGAAAAGGGACUUGAGGAUAAUCAAGGAGGCCAGUAUGAAAGCUGGAACUAUUAUCGUUACGAUUUUGGUAUUUAUGAUGAUGAUCCUGAAAUCAUAACAUUGGAAAGAAGAGAAUUUGAUGCUGCUGUUAAUUCUGGAGAACUGUGGUUUAUAAACUUUUACUCUCCAGGCUGUUCACACUGCCAUGAUUUAGCUCCCACGUGGAGAGACUUUGCUAAAGAAGUGGAUGGAUUACUUCGAAUUGGAGCUGUCAACUGUGGUGAUGAUAGAAUGCUUUGCCGAAUGAAAGGAGUCAACAGCUAUCCCAGCCUCUUCAUUUUUAGGUCUGGAAUGGCUACAGUGAAAUAUCAUGGAGACAGAUCAAAGGAGAGUUUAGUGAGUUUUGCAAUGCAGCACGUUAAAAGUACAGUGACAGAACUAUGGACAGGAAAUUUUGUUAAUGCCAUACAAACUGCUUUUGCUGCUGGUAUUGGCUGGCUGAUCACUUUUUGUUCCAAAGGAGGAGAUUGUUUGACUUCACAGACACGACUCAGGCUCAGUGGCAUGUUGGAUGGUCUUGUUAAUGUAGGAUGGAUGGAUUGUGCUACCCAAGACAACCUUUGUAAAAGUUUGGAUAUUACGACAAGUACCACUGCUUAUUUUCCUCCUAGAGCCACUUUAAAUAACCAAGAGAAAAGCAGUAUUUUGGUUGGCAGGUUUGACUGUUCCUCUGCACCAGCCAUCUGUAGUAAUCUCUAUGUUUUUCAGCCAAGUCUAGCAGUAUUUAAAGGACAGGGAACCAAAGAAUAUGAAAUUCAUCAUGGAAAGAAGAUUCUGUAUGAUAUACUUGCCUUUGCCAAAGAAAGCGUUAAUUCUCACGUUACCACACUUGGACCUCAAAAUUUUCCUGCCAAUGACAAAGAACCAUGGCUUGUUGAUUUUUUUGCCCCUUGGUGUCCACCAUGUCGAGCUUUACUACCAGAAUUACGAAGAGCAUCAAAUCUUCUUUAUGGUCAGCUUAAGUUUGGUACACUAGAUUGUACAAUUCACGAGGGACUCUGUAACAUGUAUAACAUUCAGGCUUAUCCAACAACAGUGGUAUUCAACCAGUCCAACAUUCAUGAGUAUGAAGGACAUCACUCUGCUGAACAGAUCUUGGAGUUUAUAGAGGAUCUUAUGAAUCCUUCAGUGGUCUCCCUUACACCCACAACUUUCAAUGAACUAGUUACACAAAGAAAACACAAUGAAGUCUGGAUGGUUGAUUUCUAUUCUCCAUGGUGUCAUCCCUGUCAAGUUUUAAUGCCAGAAUGGAAAAGAAUGGCCCGGACAUUAACUGGGCUGAUCAAUGUGGGCAGUAUAGACUGCCAACAGUAUCACUCUUUUUGUGCCCAAGAAAAUGUUCGGAGAUACCCUGAGAUAAGAUUUUUUCCCCAAAAAUCAAAUAAAGCUAACCAGUAUCAUAGUUACAAUGGUUGGAAUAGAGAUGCUUACUCCCUAAGAAUCUGGGGUCUAGGUCCUAUUAAUGAUCUAAUGCAGAUUAAUAGCUUCCUUGCCUACAUAAUCAAGGAAGUCUUGCCAUUGGCAAUGAUUAAAGGAAAAGUGAAAGCUGGAAAAGUAGACUGUCAGGCUUACUCUCAGACAUGCCAGAAAGCUGGUAUCAGAGCCUAUCCAACUGUUAAAUUUUAUUUCUAUGAAAGAACAAAGAGAAAGUUUGGGGAAGAGCAAAUAAAUGCCAGAGAUGCAAAAGCAAUUUCUGCCUUAAUAUAUGAAAAAUUGGAAAUUCUCCAAAAUCAGGAAAAGAGAAAUAAGCCUGAAGAGACUAAGGCAACUAUGACGAGAAAGUGCUGCUCAAAUCAGAAGAAAGUCCCCAGUGGAAAUAGUGGGAGCUUUGUGACAGAGAUGAGUUUGCAAGUCUGUUUGGUAAUUUGCAGAACAGCUUCCACAAAGAAGGGUGGCAAGAAGAAGAAGGGACAUUCUGCCAUCAACAAGGUGGGGACCCAAGAAUAUGCCAGCAACAUUCACCAGUGUAUCCAUGCUGUGGGCUUCAAGAAGCAUGCCCCUCUGGCACUCGAAGACAUCUGGAAAUUUGCCAUGAAGGAGAUAGAGACUCCAAGUGUGCACAUUGAUAGCAGGCUCGACAAAGUUGUCUGGCCCAAAGGAAUAAGGGACAUUCCACACCAUAUCCAUGUGUGGCUGUCCAGAAAAUGUAACAAGGAUGAAGAUUCAAACAAGCCCUAUAUUUUGGUUACUUACGUUCCUGUUGCCACUUUCAAAAAUCCAUAG